AUGGGAAGCUGGUUCGACAAGACCAGUCUGAUGUGGAUCUUCGCAGGCAAUGUCACCAUCAAGACCGCCGAGUCACCCAAAUUUGAACCCGAAGGCACCCCUACCUUGAAAUCCAAAAAGUACACCACUGGUCGUGGAGGGGCAGGCAAUAUAGCCAACAACGACUUUGAGCACCCGGAAGAAGCGCGACGCGCUCAGGACGUUGAUGUCCCAGGCAUAACUCUGCCUGAAGGGUCGUAUCAUACUGGGAGAGGUGGCGUUGCCAACAGAUACACACCCUCCGAGAGCGAGCUUCAUGCAGCAAAAGCCCACAACGAAAAAGUGCGCAAGGAAUCCUUCCACCGGUCGGGAUCUGCGGAUCGAGGCACCAUCCAAGCACUAGCGGACAAGGCCAAAGAAGCGGUGGCAGGAAAGCACGAAAGCGACAAGCAAGCAUGA